AAAAAUAUGCGUAGCAAAGAGAGAUAAGAAAGAGAGCGUGGCCUUAUCAUAUCAUAAUCGGUGAGCAGCCGAGAUCCGUUGCCGGUGCAUCAAGGAAAGUAAGAGUUUAGAGUUUGAACUCUGUUUUUCAAAUGCACAAAGCGCAGAUCUCUGUGAUAUAAUGGAAUACAGGAAAAUCAAAGACGAGGAUGAAGUUAGAGAUGCGGGCGUUGAGGACGUUGGAAAAUCAUUUUUGCUGUCAGUCCCAGAUAACGAUUUGAGUGCUGAGGCAGAAACCAAAAUUGACAGCCAUAGGGAGAAAGUAAAGUGGAAGCGCAAGUCAGUUGUUACACUUGCAUUGACUGUUCUUACUAGUUCGCAAGCCAUUCUAAUCGUUUGGUCCAAGAGAGCUGGCAAGUAUGAGUAUAGUGUCACUACUGCUAACUUUAUGGUGGAGACUUUAAAAUGUGCUAUAUCCCUGGUGGCCUUGGGAAGAAUAUGGAAAAAAGAUGGUGUCAAUGAGGACAACAGGUUGACUACAACCUUGGAUGAAGUUAUAGUGUAUCCUAUUCCAGCAGCACUUUACCUUGUCAAAAAUUUGCUUCAGUAUUACAUCUUUGCAUAUGUAGAUGCUCCAGGCUAUCAAAUAUUGAAGAACUUUAAUAUCAUCAGUACAGGUGUCCUAUACAGAAUUAUACUUAAGAAAAAGCUAAGUGAGAUUCAGUGGGCUGCUUUUGUUCUACUCGCUGCUGGGUGCACUACAGCCCAGUUGAAUUCAAAUUCUGAUCGUGUUCUUCAAACUCCCUUUCAAGGUUGGGUGAUGGCAAUUGUCAUGGCUCUCUUGAGUGGUUUUGCAGGAGUAUAUACUGAGGCUAUUAUUAAAAAACGUCCUUCACGGAACAUAAAUGUUCAGAACUUCUGGUUGUAUGUCUUUGGCAUGUGUUUCAAUGCUGUUGCAAUAUUGGUUCAAGAUUUUGAUGCGGUGAUGAACAAGGGAUUCUUCCAUGGAUAUUCAUUCAUUACAGUUCUGAUGAUUUUCAACCAUGCACUCAGUGGAAUUGCAGUUUCAAUGGUAAUGAAGUAUGCUGACAACAUUGUGAAAGUGUAUUCUACUUCAGUUGCAAUGCUUCUUACAGCAGUUGUUUCUGUGUUCCUUUUUGGCUUCCAUCUCUCCCUGGCCUUCUUCCUGGGCACAGUUGUUGUCUCUGUUGCAAUUUAUCUGCACUCUGCUGGGAAGAUACAAAGAUAACCAUGACUUCUGCCUUCUAUUUUUCCUUUAGUGGAUUUUUUUAUUCAUUGUUGUUUAGCCUUGUGCAAACGAAUACAUAUUUCACUGUAAUAGUGUAUGUGUAUACUUUGAAAUCUAUCUUCGUCUGUAUAUCUCAACAAGGAUAGAACCAGGCUUAGGUUCGAUUGUCUACAUUAUGCUUCUUGAUGCGUGAGAUGUAAAUUCCACUAGAAGCUCUUGUUGGAGUUAAGGACGUUGCCCUGACCUAGCAAUUCAAUAACCUAUAUUGGAUUUUUUUUUAUCCACUAGAAGCUCUUGUUCGAGUUAAGAGCCAUUUAUUAUUCAA